AUGGAACUUACAAAGAUUGGAAGUGUUUUGGGAAUAGCAAUAUUCGCGUUUCUGUGGACUUCGGCAACCAGUGAACCACAGAGUCUUGAGUGGUCUGGUCACUAUAUAGAUAAUAGCACCCACUAUAUUUUGUACAAGGAUCAAAGAAUCCAGAGCCAGGGCUCUUUGUUAGGAAAUAUAUCCACAAACCCCGCGAUAAAUGCCAUAGAAAAUCAGGAUUACUUUCCGAAUCGGAUUGUGAAUGGCAAGAAGAUCAAGUGCACCAGAGCGCCAUAUCAAUGCUCCCUUCACUACGACAACACUUUCCUCUGUGGCUGUGUUAUUCUUUCCCGCCACUGGAUUCUCACUGCCCACCAUUGCAAAAUUGGAAGAGCCGGUCACUAUACGGUUCGAGCGGGAUCAACUCAGCAACGGAGGGGUGGUCAACUUCGCCAGGUUCAAAAGACAGUGGUCCAUCCUGGCUUCAGUACAAAGACCAUGAAGAACGACCUGUGCAUGAUGAAGCUAAAGUCGCCACUAAAUCUUGGCACUUGUGUCCAGAAAGCCAAGCUUCCCUCGGUCAAAACUAAAUAUUUUCCCCAUUGCUAUUUGGCCAGCGGAUGGGGCUUGACCUCUUCUAAAGCCCAAAACCCACAGCGAUAUUUGCGUGGAGUUGUGGUGUGCAUGGUCGAUCGAAGCAAGUGCCAACAGGAUUAUCGCCAAGAAGGAAUAAAAAUCUACAGGGAAAUGAUAUGCGCUGAUCGACAGAAUCGCGACACCUGCUCCGGAGACUCUGGAGGUCCUCUGGUCCACAAGGGAGUCCUCUAUGGAAUUACUUCCUUUGGAAUCGGUUGUGCCAAUGCCAAAUAUCCCGGAGUUUAUGCAAAUGUAUUGCAAUUCGUUCCAUGGAUAAAGGAAACCGCCCGAAAACAUUAA